AAAGACAGUUUCCCUAGGCGUGGGACGUUUAUUUACGUAUUCGUAGAUCGCCGCUCAACCCGUACACACGACGACGAUGCAUUAUUCAUCCUCCAGCACACUGGCUCUACUGUUUCUCGCGCUCGUCCGCAACAGUCACCAGCAGUCCUGGAACUACUACUGUGAGGCGGACUUUUGCGAGCCGGGGCUGAAAAACGUUGGCUGUGAUCCGCCACCCGCAGAAGGGGGGCCAGCCUGCAGUGGAAAGCAGGCCGAAAGUGUGAACUUCAACUUUGUCGUACAGGCGGCAAUUGUGAACGAGCAUAAUCGACUGCGCUCCCUGCUGGCCACGGGCCGGUUGGGUAAGUUUGCUCCCGCUUCCCGCAUGCCGCAGCUCGUGUGGGACACGGAGCUGGCGAACCAAGCCGAACGCAACGUGCGCUCGUGUGUCUACGGGCACGAUGAGUGUCGCAAUACGGCCCAGUUCCGGUUCGUGGGCCAGAACAUUGCCAUCGUUCGCUAUUCCGGCCCGCGGAAAAGUGUGCUGGAGCUGUUGCACGAGGAAAUAUACGGCUGGUGGAGUGAGGCUAACAGUACGACGCAAGCCAACCUUAGGCGAUUUCCCUCCGAAGAGCCGUUAUCGCAAAUUGGACACUUCACGCAGAUGGUUAGCGAUCGGACGUGGAAAAUGGGCUGUGCCGCCCAACAGUGGACGGAGAACAAGGUGUUCAACGUGCUUUACUUCGUGUGUAACUACUCUUUCACCAACAUGGUAGGCGAACCGGUGUAUGUGGCAGGGCCUCCAGCGUCCCGUUGUGCUACCGGGGAAGAUAAACUGUAUCCCGGGUUGUGUUUGAAAUCGGAGCGAAUUUAUUCCACACCCUUUGCGGUUGUUAACUAAUCGUGUAAUCGUUUUGCUAGACAUUUCUUAUAUUUAUGUUACCGUUUAGAUUUUAGUUUUCGAUAAAAAAAAUAUACUGCCCUCUUCAAGUGCUAAAAAAAACAAAA